UUGUAUAUAAUUUAAACGAAAAUUUGUUACUCUCAAUAGUUCCAACUAUUCCCCUAACGUAUUUCCUAAUCGACUGUCGAAUUGAACGACUUCAAUCAUAUAUCUUACUAUCUAUUAAUUGUGGGCUUCAAAAUAUAGUUUGGAUGUUGAAAUAUAGCAAGUUUCCCCUUUAAUGUGUGUCAUUCCAAUGUUACUAAAUCUUGCAAGUUAUAGGAAAUACCAAUUCUAAUAAUGCUAUUACGUUUUCUUGUAUUAUUUUUAAAAUUGUAUAACGACAGCAUAUUGCCAUCGAGAACGAUCAAUUACGAUGAUUAGAAAUUUCCAUUAAGGUUAAAAAUGUACUCAAUCGAUUCAUAGCUUUCGUUUCCCUUUAUUGUGAAAGGAAUGUUUUGCAUGUUUUACUAUUUAGUACCGAGUAAUAUGUUAGAGGAGUGAAAAAGGCUUAAGUGAACGCAAUGCGCAUGUGCAAUGAAAUCGAACUGUUACACCAUAAAGCUGUAGCAAUUAGAUGGUAUUUGUGUGUAUAGAUGGCUAGUUUUAAAAUAUACAUAAGGAAUCUUAUUUUUGUUUGAAUGUCGUGGCAAACUAUUGUCACAUUUUCUAUUGCAGUACUUUUUUCGGUAUUACACUAAAUAUAGUUGAAUUGUUCGAGUUGGUUUCUGAAAUUUGAAAUGGUGUGUUUCGAACGUUUCAUGAAAACGAACUCUUACGCCGUCGUGAAUUUUUUGUUUGUGUGUGCGUAUAUGUUUAUAGGAGAUGGUCCUUCCCACGAUACUAUAUUCACGUUAGUAUGUUGAGUGUUCUGUGUUCUGUUUAUAUGGUUUAUGCUGCUGCUUGUGUAUGUGUGUACGGUUUAGGUUAAACGUUUGUGUUAUAAUGUCCAUAUAUAACUUGGAGCGAAGAAAUGUUAGCCCGAAGCAGCAAUAAAUACGUUUUGGUCGGGAACAUAUUCAUCCCCAUGCAGGGUAGAGAUAGAAAGAGAACACCAGUCGCUCAUCGGCUAAGCACGAAAUCCUACCUAUAAGUAUAAGCAUGGGGGAUGCCGUGGGAUGCCAUGAAAGAAAAGCACAGCGCCUACCGUGAUCAUGAUAAUGGCCCUUGGAUGGAGACGGCCUCGCCGGUAGGUAGGUUGGUCGCGGAAACGGUGGACAACGGUGGGGUGUUUAAUUUUUUCGAGAUAUCGGUGCUUCUAGACAGAGACGCCGGCACCAAGAGUUUGACAGUGAGUCCUUUUGCCUUGGACACAUUACUCCGGUCGUGCGGUUGAAUCUGCACGCUGUUAGCCUCAGUUGAACGCGUGCAGUCAUUGAGGCAGUCUGUGUUUCCUACGGGGUGUGCUCACAGUCGUAGCAAUUUUUACGGUCCUUUCCGACGGUGAUGAUGGUGUUCCAUAAAAUUUUUAUUUACAUCACCAAUCUCAUAAUCAUUUAAUAACGGUGAACCAGCCCUUAGCGAGUCAAUGUGAAAGAGUGACAAAAAUAUGCUCUCAAACAAAACAACCAAAUGGAAUAGGUGUGAUAAGUUAAAUCAGGUGAAGACUGAAUAGAGGUGUAACUAAUAGUGUGUGAUUGUGUGUGUGUGUGUUUUUUUUUUAUUUUUCACAAAUAUUGAGAAGGUGUUUUAAAUGUUUUCAGCACGUAAUAUACAGGAAAAUAAAUUUAGUGAAUGUGGUUUCCGUACUGAUAAUGGUGGACCUCGCCGAGUGGUAUUCGUGGAAUGAAAUUAUAAAUUUAGAAAUGCGUUAAAACGUAACACGAAAGCUUAUUUAAAAAAAACCUUUCAUUGAGUAUAGUGACAUCAAGAAUGCUCAAUAAAAAAGAAUGUGCUUUUUUUUAGGUGACACUAAACAAAAAUGGUGAUUUACGAUGGGAAAUAGAAACUGAGGUGUGCAAAAUCAUGGCCUAGAAACUGAGAAGAUGCAUUUGCGAAGAAUGCAACAAAAAGGAUGAAAGCUGUGUUCACGUUAUAGUGGUGCUUUAACAACAGUUUAGUGAAAUGAGUGAACGAAAAAUAGUAGCAAAUAACCCACCAUAAACUUUAACGGGCAUUAUAAAAUCAUAAAACUCUUGGUUUGCGCUUCACAUACACGCGGUGCGUAUGUGUGUAAGCUAUAAUAAACAAAAGGUAUGAUAUUAGAACAUUGCGACGAGCACAAAAAAGCCGAAUUGUUGAAAUGUUUGGAAUGAUAAUUGAUCAUUCAAGAUUCUUUCAGUGAAAAGUGUUUGCAUGAUUCAACAUAUCUGGCUUCGAUCUGUAGGUAUGAUGUAUGGUUUUGAAGGCAAUAGAUACUAUAAUUUGUGUUAGCAUAUUUAGUGAACAGGAGUGGUUCCUAGUGAACAGGAGUGGUGCAAUUUACUGAUAAGAAACGAAUUACACACCGUUGUGAAAAUGAUUAUAAAAAAAGAAAACAAUGAUAACCAUUACCCUUCGCUUCGCGUAAGUGAUCUCAUAAGAAAAAAUAUUCCCAACCUGAUUGGAAGAAAUAGUAUUUUAGCCAGCGCAGCUUACGGGUCGCACGCUGCUGCCGGGGCCUGGUGGGGGCAGCAUUCCCAUCCGAUGCACACGGUCGGAGCGGCUAUGUAUGGCGAGGAUACGACAGGGCAAACUGGUGUCGGCAGUCGCAGCCCUCCUGCCUCCAUGCACAACUCCGCAAGCCACGCCAGUGCUGCCAAUCAUAUCGUACAACAACAGCAGCAACAGCAGCAGCAGCAGCAGCAGCAGCAACAACAGCAAGUGGCUGCAGCUGCUGCAGCAGCAGCAGCAGCAGCGGCCCAACAACAGCAAGUGCAAACUCAGUCGGCAGCGCCCCAACAAACACAGAAUACUUCUUCGUCGAACACAACGCAGCAGCAGAGCAGUGCCGGGUCCGUGGUAUCCCCAGCAACGCAAAUUGUUCCUCCUUCCGCAGCUAGUGAAUCGCCGGGAAGCGUAAGCUCCCAACCAUCAGCAAAACGUCCCGCGUUUGAUACGGAUUCCCGGCUGAGGCACUCGUAUCCAUGGGGCAACGAGUCGGCGGCUGAUUACGCUUACCAUGCACAGUAUCCACCUUAUGCGCUGGCGACUGAUAUCAAACCAAUGUAUUAUCCAAGCUACCCAACCGAUGCCAAUUUUCAACCACAUCCUUAUUAUCCAAAAUAUGAGCCGGACGCUUACAUAGCAGCCUCAACUGAACGAUCACGAGGAGUCGCAGGUGAUCCACCUUCUUUGCAGUCUAGCUAUGAAUCAUACAACUCGUCCGGGUUGAGAUCUUAUUCCAGUGAAACAUAUCCUAAUCCUGGUUCCAGCUUAUCGGUUGGUGUUAGUGGUGUAGGUUCAUGUACGCCUUCCAACCCACUCGAAUGGACAGGAAAUGUGACUGUGAGAAAGAAACGAAAGCCAUACUCGAAGUUCCAGACGUUGGAAUUAGAAAAGGAGUUCCUGUUCAACGCAUACGUUUCAAAGCAGAAACGAUGGGAACUGGCUCGGAAUCUCAACCUCACCGAACGUCAGGUGAAAAUAUGGUUCCAAAAUCGGCGGAUGAAAAAUAAGAAAAACAGUCAGCGUCAAUCAGCGCAAGCAAAUAGUGGUAGUAGCAACAAUAGUUCCAGUCACAGCCAUUCCCAGCCUCAGGCCCAUCAUAAUCCUCAUCAUAUAAGUCUUGGUCUGGGAAUGUCAACACUACAUGGCUCGAAAAUGCAUCAGUGACCUUUAGAGCAACAACAAACACACCAAUCUGAGCCACAGUCACAGCUUAGUCAGCAACAAUCUCAACAGACUCUACUUCAAUCGCAAUUGCAGCACCAUCCCCAUUCGACCACUUUGCAGGAUCAAACGCAACAACAGCUCUCGCAAUCUCAGCCACUGCAACUUCAUCCUCUGCAUUCACAUUUGAUCCAUCAAACCCCUCAUCAAGCUAAUGGUGACCAGAUGAAACAGGAGCUAUGUGACACACCUACCACAACGAUGUGCAGCCACUUUCCUCAUCCACAUCUGGUGAACUAUCAUCACCAACACUGAUUUGCGACGAUGCGAGACGCUACAAAUGACUGUCCGUGCGCGAUGAAUUAAUGAGCCAUGAUGGCUAAGCUAAUACGUAAAUAAAUCGAGUUUUGAAUAAAAGUAAUAAUAAACAACAGCAACAACAACAAAAAAAACAGUAAACAAAUGUAUCGGAAAGUCGCCACCAAUUCCCAGAAAGUGCAAAAUUUUGCAUUAAAAAGCUCUGCGAACCACGUAAAGGCAUCCACCGAACACAGAUUGUUUUCUAAUUUAUGCGGUAGUGUUAGGGAGCGUUUGGGAGGAUUAUUCUGGAGACUGUGUGGCGCUUUUGGGACAGUUGUAAAUAGUAAUUAUUUAUAAGCUAUCCAGCCAGUGAGAAAAGUCCAAAAUGUGAGACCGUGAGUAGGUGAUUUAAAUUAAGGAGUAAGGGAGUAAUGCCUAUUUUCAAUGAAUCAUUAAUUAUAGUAUGAGGUAAUGUAAAGGAAAGCAAACACAAAAAUUGGUUUAGUAGAAUAAAUCAAGCAACCACUGCUUUGUGGAAAGAUAAGGUUAUGACAAAAAAAAAACGGCCCAAUUUGCUCGUCCUGAAGCAAUGUAGCAAAUGAGAAAUGUAGAUGAAACAGGUAGUUCAUAACAUAACAUAAAUAUUUAAAAUCAAACUUUUCCUUUUUAAGUUACUUAAGGUGCAUGCAAAUGGAUGGACAUGUUGGUAAAGGGGAUAAAAGCAGAGAUUGGUAUAAGUUCAUCUUAAUAAUAACUUAACUUAAAUAUUACACAUAAGAUGCGGAGGUGCAAUGAAAGGAAACAAAGGAACUUAUACAUCAAGUAACAAACAUUAGUAAUAUUUUGACAGUAUUUCAACCUUUCUCUCUACCGAAAUAAAAUUCACUAGUAAAGAAAAUAUGUUAUUUUCGCUAUACUGAAGAACCGAAAGUAAAAUGACCAUGAUUCAAGAAUAAUCAGCACAUCUUGCGAUGAUUGAGAGAUAGGCACAAUGAUUUUUUGGCCAGAAAUUGAAUGUGGAAAAUUUCUGAAUUUUGAAGACAACAUGACGAUUUUACAACAAUAAUAAUGAAAACAUUGGGCUUACAUUAUAAAAUCAAAACAAAAGCAAAAGAGACAAUGUAACACUGGAGGGAAACGUGACUGAAAUGCAUGUGAUUACUAUUAUUAUUAUUACUAUUAUUACUUUUAUGAUUAUUCACAUCGAUAAGUAUUGACUAUCAAAACACUGUUGUGUUGCAUAAUGUAGUCAAAUGUAUUUUAACUCUGUUAUGUUUCGCUUUUCUCGAACCUUUGCAUUGUUCGUUUUAUAUGUUUUUUUUUUAAUUUUUGUUUGUUUGUUUCAGAAAUGGCAUAGUGACAUGCUAUGAAAGCUUUCGCUAGGUUUGACAAAAUAUUGUAACGAAUUUUGUGAAUCAAAAUAAAUUACGGUUUAUACUUUCCUUUAAGAAGAUUGUGAACCUUCAUUUCGAAACUAUGCACGCGCGUUCCCUGAAUGUACGAAGUAAUUUUGUUUUGGAACAAUGUUUAUCUAAAAAACUAUCAAACACAUUCAGAGGUCAUGUAGGACAAGCUUGGGUUUAAUUGAUUAUCAAUUCGAUUCUCAGGGGUAUGAGUAUUCUAUUGUUGUUUUGUAACACAUUUCUUUUAGAAUGCUGAGCUUUGUUGUAUAUUUAAUGAUUUCACGAAACAGUGAGUCCCAAACCCCUGUUGAAUACAGUAACAAUAAAUAACCUGUAUCAGUUUUAUAUUCAAUUACUGUAUAUAUCGUUUCUGCAUUUCAUGUGGCCAGAUAGUCUAUCUUGCUAUAGGUAUUCGAAGUUGCGAUUGGAACCCGUGAUCUUUGGUUGGAAAGCAUUAAGCCUUUAACAUGACUCUAUGUUCAUUAGACUAUCCUAUAAACAUUUUUAGAUUUUUUUGGUUUACAAUACAAUGCCGAACAAUAACUUGGGAACUUUCUAUUGAACCCAUUUUUGGGUUCCAUGUACAUGAGUUUUUGUUAUGAUGUAUAUUUAGCUGCUAUUCCACAAUAUGUUUUAAAAUGUUUGGCAAUCAAGAACAUACAUUAAUUUCGUUUGUACAUGACGUGCUACUGGACUUUGAACAGAAUAUUACUGUAAGAAAAAUCUUCAUAAAUAAGAGGCAAAUGAAACCAUGCAUGUGUGUGUCCCUAAGUUGGAUUGAAGCAAUGAUAGAGCUUCAAAGUAAUGUACAGUAUAGGCAGAAGGCAAAUAAGGAAGCCAAAUAAUACUAAGACGAAGAUAUAAAGGUAAAAAAAAACAACACAGAAUCAAUAGUACUAAAGAAUGUAGAUCAACAAAGAGGAAAGUUGUAAUAAUAAUUAUAUCCUUAAUUUAUGGAAAUGGUUGUUCAGAGUGUAAGAAAGCGAUAUCGUCUAUAUUGUUUUACUAUCCUAAACAACCAUAAUUGAUAGUACAGUAGGUUGUUUCUAAAUCCAAGUUCAAGAAUCAUUCAAAAGGGAAUAUUAAAUUGUAAUGCAAUCAAAAUAUUACAUGUUUUGAUGAACUAUUUCAUUUUACUGUGGGAUAUAAACUCCGAAAUUUUUUGUUACAGCCCUUAAUGGUGCAUAUAAGAUAUGUCAACAUAAAACCUCUCAAACGAAUUUCUUUAAAGUUCUUUCAUCAUGCAUAUGAGACAGACAAAGUGACUGUAAUGUAAUGUAAUUUAUUUUAUAGCACCCUUUGGUUUUUUGAAGCUUAUUGCGAUGAUCCGUUGUCUUUUCAUGUUUGUCUCAGAAAAUUUUCAUAAAAAGCACAUUGUAUCCAAGCUCCAUGUCAUCGAUAAGAAAGAUAAGUAAGAAGACUUUGAACAAGUAUGAAAUAUUACAUUAAAAGGAGACAUAAAUAUAAAUAAAAAAGAAAACAAAUGCUGCGCUAAUCGUUACAAAGAUAUGGAAAGAUUUUAUGUCAAGAAUCUACGUUUCAACAGCAAUAUUUCAGUGGCAACAUGUUCGGCAAACGUUUCUUGAGUAACAAAUAUCUAUCUUCCACGUUGAAUAAAACAUGUACAAGAUACGUGAUUGGAGUCGAUGUUUUUUUUUGUCGAAAGUGGCACUAACAAGCGCUGUAAAUGAUAAGUGUAGGCUGAUAAGAUCAGGUUGAUGAGGUUAGGACUGAAAAGAUCCUUCUACACUUAUUUUAACUACUGUAAUUAGGAUUAGAUUUAGAACAAUCCUUUCAAAAUAAAAGUAAUAAUAUAUUGAAUGAAAGUAAACAAUAAAA